AUGGAUCGACUUCGGUUGGCAAACCGUCGUUUGACUGUGCCCCUGUCUCUGAGCAGUAGCAACGGCUCUUCUUUGUUCCAGCGCCUCUACGACCCUUUUGGCGACCCAAAAGUAAUCGGUUGCACUCUCUUUGUGGGCAGUCUUUCUCACCUCACCACUGAAGACACUCUUCGCCAGGCUAUGAGCAAAUAUGGAAGGGUCAAGAACUUGCGUUUGGUCAGACAUAUAGUAACGGGUGCCUUACGUGGCUAUGGCUUUGUCGAAUUUGAAAGAGAGAGGAAGAUGCGUCGAGCGUACAAGGAUGCUCAUCAUACUGUCCUUGAUGAUUCUGAGAUUAUAGUUGAUUACGAUAGGCAGCAACUGAUGUCUGGUUGA